AUGAAGCAGCAGAAUGUCAACUGCACAGGAGCAAUCUAUACACUAGGACAGCCAUGCACAGGAGCAAUCUAUACACUAGGACAGCCAUGCACAGGAGCAAUCUAUACACCAGGAAACAACCAAACACUCACUGAAUUUCUUCUUCUUGGGUUUGGGGAUCUUCAUGGCUUCUGCAGCUGGUUCUUCAUCAUGUGCUUAAUGGUUUAUGCUCUGACAAUUUUUGGAAACAUGAUAAUUAUCAUUAUAGUGUCAACCAGCCAUCUUGUAGAGUCACCUAUGUAUUUCUUCCUGUGUUUUCUUUCCCUAUCAGACAUUGUGCUUACAACAAACAUUGUCCCACAUUUAUUGCACAUUGUUAUAAAAGAACAAGUCACUGUGUCAUUUAUUGGCUGCAUCACACAAUUCCAGAUGUUUGGUUCCUCCACAGGUACAGAAUGCCUUCUGCUGACGGUGAUGUCCUAUGAUCGGUACCUCGCCAUCUGUAACCCCUUGUGUUACACAUCCAUAAUGGGCGCCCAGGUUAAACAUUAUCUAGUCAUCUGCUCUUGGAUUCUGGCAUUUGCCAUUACAUUAACAAUCUCUGUUCUCGUGGGUGGGUUACAUUUCUGUGGCCCUAAUGUGAUUGACCAUUUUUUCUGUGAUUUCGGCCCCCUUAUCAAGCUUUCAUGUUCUGACACUUACCUACUAAAAAUCAUAGACUUUGUGGUUACAAUUCCUGUAACUAUAUUCCCAUUUGUUUUUAUAAUUCUCAGCUAUUUGUCUAUCUUUAUUGCUAUCCAUAGGAUUCCAUCUACAUACGGUAGACUUAAAGCCUUCUCUACCUGCAGCAGCCAUCUGACAGUUGUGUGCACAUUUUAUUUAUCUCUCAUUACUAUAUAUAUAAUCCCAGCAGCUGGGCACUCAGUCAUUGCGCAGAAGAUUCUGUCCUUCCUGUACACAGUGGUUACGCCGUUGCUUAAUCCCUUGAUAUACAGUUUACGGAAUCAAGAGAUUAGACUAGUGCUGAAGAAAAUGGUUUGCAAGCUGUGGAAUCAGGAAUAA